AUGUAUCUCUGUGGUGUGGUGCUCUUCACUCACUCAGUGGCUGAUAAACACUCUCAGUAUCUUCCCGUCGAGAUUAAUUGUGUCACUUCUCUUAGAGAGAGAGAGAGUCACCCCACCACCUCCAGAUGUCGCUUGAGUUUGUUUACGAAAGCAACAGGUGACUUCUUCCCUCUCUCUCCCUCUCACCACACCUCUCACCACACCCACCACACCCCCGCCACGGUGGUCGGUGGAGCAGCCGCCUGUCUGGCCUCCUGCACGCCCUCCACACCCCUCCGCACGCCCGCACACCCCCUGCGCCCUCGGUCGCCUACUGUGCCGCCGCCCACGACUCCCCGCAGCCUGCCACCCACGCCACCGCCAUCGCCAGCAGCGUCCACCCUUGCGACCUGCCCCAGGCCUCACCCACGCCCUCCAGCCAUGGGUCACUCACGCCGCCCUCCACCGGGGAGUCCCCGCGCCUGACACCCCCCACCCCCAGCCACACCCAUGUGUGCGGCACAGCCUGCCAGUGUGGGCGCACCGCCCCUAACAGUGCUCCCUCCACGCCCAGCCCGCCCUGCCCCGCCGAGGGUGUGACGCAGCCCCGCGACGCCCCGCACGAGCCCCCUGGGGCGGCUGGCGAGGCGGGGCUACACCAGCAGCAGCAGCAGCAGCAGCA